UGUUGAUCGCGGCACGUGGGACUAAUCUCUUUCCACGAGUCGCCGCUGCGGUUGCUCUACGCCUAAUUAACGCCUCUAUCCCGUAAGAACUUUUAGUCAAAUCGGACGACCCUCCUCACCCAAUUAAAACCUGCCCAUAAAACGUCACUUUCCCUUAAAUACACUACCAACACCGAUUCUUAUCACAUCCUCGACAAUGGCGACCAAAACCCUACUCCCCCUAAUCCUGACCCUGCUCGCAGUCGUCUCCUCACCCACCGCACUCUCCGACGACCCAGCACCCACGGUCUACGAUAUCCUCGACAAAUAUGGCCUCCCCACUGGCCUUCUGCCCGAUUCCGUCAAGUCUUACUCUUUCUCCCCCGACGAUGGAAGCUUCGUUGUCGAACUACAGAAACCUUGCUAUAUCCAGUUCGAUUACCUUGUGUACUAUGACAGUAAGAUCACUGGGAAGCUCAACGUCGGAUCAAUUACUGAUUUGGAUGGGAUCCAAGUGAAGAGGUUGUUUUUCUGGUUCGAUGUUGAUGAAAUUAGGGUUGACUUGCCAAGUUCCGAUAAUAUCUACUUCACUGUUGGGUUUAUUAAUAAGAAACUUGACAUCGAUCAGUUUGAGACGGUCCACUCCUGUACAGAUAACGCCCUUGUUGCUUGCGCUCAAUCAUCCAAUCCUAUCUCUCAGCUUCCUAUUACUGUUGAUGAGGUUGAAAUGCUGAUCACGGAGUAGAUGCAAGACCUUUAAAGGUUUGAUGAUAAUAAGAGGCAUAUUUGUAUCCUGUCUUUUUGAAGGUCAGAAGCCACUAGGCUGUGCCAAUGGUUGAGCCUAGUUGAGCCUCUUGUACGAGUAAAAUGGUGUUAAAAGUUUGGGAAUGUGUUCUAAGAAGUGUAUAAUAUUGUGUUAGAUAUCAUAUCGUAUUAGUUUUCCACUAUGUCAUAUGUACCCUUGUAUUAGCCACUCAUGAAUAAUGUAGUGUUGUGGUUUACCUAUUUUCUUUAUGUUGCAAAUGAUGCGUGAUUCAAAAUUAGAGUGGAUAUAUGCAAUUAUCCAUUGCUAAUGAUAUUGAAGGUUGCUAAGGACCCAAGACAAGCCAUAUUACGCAAGGAGCGUUUUGAUAACACACAGCUUGACAAGGUUUAAACGAUUACAAAAUGCCGUCUCUUUAACUUGUGAGAUUUAUUCCGCUAAACACAUUUACUGCUUUCUUAUAUUUGGGUAAUAAAUCAUUAAAUAAGUCCAAUU